GUUCGAUUUGGAGAUCCAACUGAAAAUAGUGAUGUUUUCCAAUCUUCUUGUUUUCUUCGCUAUCAUAGUUCUAAGCGCCUGUGAUGGCGACGACGAAUUCGCCAACUACACCAUCACCGACCGCCCCUUUCCCCCCCACUUCACCUUCGGCGUGGCAACGGCCGCCUACCAGAUAGAGGGCGCUUGGGACACGGACGGCAAGGGGGAGCAAGUGUGGGACACCUUCAUCCACGAGAAGCCCGACCGAGUAUCCGAUAGGACCACGGGAGAUGUCGCCUCUGAUUCGUACCAUCGGUACAAGGACGACGUGCGGUGUAUGAAGGAGGUGGGCGUCGAUUAUUACAGGUUUUCCAUAGCUUGGUCGAGAAUUCUCCCAAAUGGAACCGUGGACAAUAUUAAUACCGAAGGUGUUAACUACUACUUGAAUGUGUUCAAGGAAUUAGAAGCAAAUGGCAUUGAAUCUAUGGUCACCCUAUACCACUGGGAUAUUCCUACAGAUCUAGAAAAACAAGGAGGUUGGCUGAAUCCCAAAGUAGUCGACUGGUUCACCGACUAUGCGCGUCUCUGCUACACCCUCUUCGGCAAAUAUGUCAAAGUGUGGGUGACCAUCAACGAGCCCAAACAGAUCUGCCACUCUGGGUACGGUACCGGGGGGUACGCCCCAGGGGUGGUCUCCCCCGGGGUGGGGGAGUACGUUUGCGCGCGGCAUGUACUUCUGGCGCACGCCAAGGCGUGGAGGGUGUUCGACAAGGAGUUCAGGAGCGCACUGGGCAGCAGGAACACCAUCGUCAUCGAUUCGGACUGGUACGAGCCCGCGACCAAUAAGGAGGAGGAUGUCGUAGCAGCCGAAAUUAAGCGUCAAUUUGUGUUCGGUAUGUACGCGCACCCUGUAUUCAAAGGCGACUGGCCGGACCAGAUGAUCGAAAACGUCGGCGAGAUCAGCCGAAGGCAGGGCUUCAACCAAUCCCGACUCCCCGCAUUCAGUGAGGAGGAAAUCGCGCUAGUGAACGGCACUUACGACUUUUUAGCACUGAACCACUACACCACGUACAUGGUGACGGCCGUGAAGGGGGAGGAGUACCCCAAGGUGGUCAGCUGGGACACGGACUCGAAGGCGAGGUCGUACCAGAAGGACGAGUGGCAGACUGCUGCCAUCGGCUGGUUCAGGAUUGUUCCAUGGGGCUUCGGUAAACUUCUGAGAUGGCUCAAAAAGACUUACGGCGAUAUUGAGAUUGUGAUAACGGAAAAUGGAGUGUCUGACACUACUGGAACAUUGAGAGAUCAACACAGAAUCAAUUAUAUGAAGUCUUAUAUGAGUCACCUUCUUGACGCCAUGUAUGAUGGUGGUGUAAGAGUUACUGGAUACACUGCAUGGAGCAUCAUCGAUAAUUUCGAAUGGACGCAGGGCAAUAAUGCGAAAUUGGGGAUGUACUACGUCAAUAUGAGUGAUCCACUACGACCUAGAAUUGCCAAGGAUUCCUCAAAGUACUAUUCCCAUAUUAUAUCAAGCAGAUGUCUGUUGGAUUCUUGUCAAUGAUUUUCGUGACAUAUAAUUAUUAAAUAUUUAUCAAAACCAACAAA